CCGCCUAAUUGACGCAAUAAAUACGCGACACGCGUCCACUCCGGAAUUCCCCUGCACCGGAGACUAAAUGCUUUAUCUCAGCAAUAAUCGUGACUAGCAGCAUUUAACUAGAUUGAGAGGUGGCCGUGAAGUGAUAGAGUCGUCACGAUGCUCCUUGUCGUCCUGUUCGGUUACCUGACUCUGGCCUCUGGUCAACAGCUGGACGAGGACUGGGUUGACCCAUAUGACUUGCUCAACUACGACGCUACCACUAAAACCAUGAGGAAACCCGCUGAGAAACCAGUAAGUGAUUUAAAUGUCCCAAUCUCAAGAAAAGGGCACGACGAAUGGGGGCAAGGUGAACUGAAGGUCUGCAACCAACAAUUGUCUGAUUUACAAACUCAGGUUGAAGCCCAAAUGACUCGUAUGAGACUCAACCCGCAGCAGGCCACAUGUAAUCCUGUUUUUAAAAGAUUCCUGAGCAGACUCCUUAAGGACAUACAAAGAAUUGAAGAGCCCCAAGACUCCGUAAACUAUGAUGCUACAAUUCAACUAUCCGGCCAAGCCAUGGCCGAGAUUCAGACCUUUCUUGAUGGGGAAGACGGCUGCAGAUCAGGCGCUCUGGACCACGCCAUCAGUCAGCUACUGGUAGACCUUCGACGACACGACUACGAGGCUUGGAAGUGGCGCUUUGACGAUACCUUUGGUGUCGAGCUGGACACGCUUUUGAAGUUGGCCCUAUGUAUUUUGGUCUUCACGGUCAUCAUCUGCACUCAGCUGUGGUCUUGCAUCUCCUGGCUAGUGCAGUUCAAACGCCUGUUCGCCGUCUGCUUCUUUGUCAGUGUUGUCUGGAAUUGGUUAUAUCUGUACAAGAUUGCUUUUGCUGAGCACCAAAGGAACAUUGCGACGAUGCAUAGCGUCAACGACAAAUGCACUGGGGUAAAGACGAUUGACUGGCGCGAUAGUUUGAAAGAGUGGUUCAGAAGCACGUUAACGCUGCAGGAUGACCCUUGCAAGAGAUACUAUGAAGUCCUCAUGGUCAAUCCUGUUCUGCUAGUACCUCCCACCAAGGCAAUCUCGGUUACCAUCACCACCUUCAUCACAGAGCCACUGAAGCACGUCGGCCUGGGGAUCAGCGAGUUUCUGAGAGCGCUCCUCAAAGAUCUUCCGAUCACCCUACAGAUUCCUGUUCUCCUCACGAUUGUGCUUGCCAUUGUGGUAUUCAUGUAUGGAAGUGUGCAGGCAGUUUUCCAGUACGGCAUCACUGCACCUCUACGCCGUGACAGAAGGGAUCCCGCCAUACCGCCACCGGAGCAGCCUCGUCUCCAGGAAAUCGAGGACCGUGGCCACAUGGAAGCAGGGGACAUGGCGCAGCCUCGUCCACGACGCGAUUCAAAUGAAGCGCCAUUGCACAGGAAUCAGCUUUGCAGGUCCCGGCCCAACAAAGCCAGAGAAGGGCCAGCUCGGGUGUUUGUGGAGACUUUGCGCACCGCCGCGUCCUCCCACGUAGAUGGGGGAAGGCGUGCGAGACGCGUUGAGGCAGGGCAGGGGGACGAAGCCGAUCCUCAAGCGGACUCUGACUCUGACAACUAUGCAGAGGGAGAGGAGGAGCAAAGAGGCGCCGCUGGUGUUUUGCUGUCACAGGUUGACGCCAAAACUAAAGGCACAGACUCUCAGUCCGAACAGACAAAAGACCACGACAUCAAAGAGAGGAAGACAUCUGGACCUCCAGAGACUCUACCUAAAGAUAAUGUGCAGAUAAAAGCUCAGGACCCAAAGGCCUCAACUGGAAACUCGACGCCGCCUGUCUCACUGACAAAUGUGGAAACGCUCGGCAGGCCUGUUCAAGAGACGGGAUGAAACUACGGUUGGAGCUUGUGGCUUCACCGGUGGGUGUCACAGUGCCAAAAUGAUGUCAUCUGUGCAGAGUUGGAGGCUGAGUAGCUCUUAGCUUUAACAGCUACUUGCUGUUGCAGUAAAGGCUCUUCGAAUAGAGACGUCAAUACUCUGUAUGAAUUGCCGACGAACACUGAAGCACUUUAAGCACGUUGAAGAGAACCUGUGGUGCUGAGAAGAAAAAUUUGUAUCUUUUUUUGGUUACAGUGCACUCUUUGACAAAAUAGGAAGUGUCAGUUGAUGUCAUUUUAAAGCAAAAUUUGAAUCAGGAAUGGUGUUCAAUUUUUUUUUUAUGUGAAUACAUUUGUUUUUGUACUUUUAGAAUUGUAUUUUAAGUCUUAAAGGUAGAUGCUCAGGCAUAUUUUCUUUUCUUUUUUGUAUAAUUAUCGGUGAGGUCGCAUGAGACCCAAAAUGUAACAGGGAGCUUGCAUUUUUGGAUUGCUGGUCAGCAUAAGGGUGUGAGAAUAGAUUAGAAUUGGAACUGGGGAAAUCUACCUGUUAUUUGUAUGCUUGCUGUAGUGGGAUGCUCAUCUGUCUAUAAUAUCUCAUCAGUCCAGAACAGUGAUGUGCUGUACAUUUUGUACCCACACCUUCACUGGGGACUUAUUCUACAUAACGUUUUGCAAUUUUUUUUAACCCUUUUAACAUUUAAUGAUUUCCAGACUGAUGCUUCAGUGUCCUUGUGCUUGAACUUGAUGGCGGUUUUGGGCUUCAACAUUCUAAAUUUUAAAUUCAUAAGCACUAACUACACCCAAGGAGAAAAUUGUUGGUACCACCUCCCCGUCAAUGAAAGAAAUAUAAAGACAAAAAUGUAAUAAAAUUAAAGAUGUAAUCCAACUUUGCACUUGUAAACCAGAAAUUGCUUUUGAAUUGUGGUUUAGCAGUUUUAUCAAAAAUGGAACAACUUUAUAGAGUGCGCCAGCUGUUUCAGACAUAUUUCCGUGCCCUCUAAGCCCUGAGAAGCCACAAGAGGGCAUUAAAGCCUAAAUAAUCGGAGAUAUUUGCCUGAGAGGAAGCAAACCCAGCACCCAACCUUUGAUAAAUGAUAAAAUAUAUGAUGAUGAUAGAACUUUAUUUAUCCCACAGCGGGGAAAUUAACUUGUCACAGCAGCGUAUUCUUGCCCUCUUGUACGCUGCGAUGACAAGUAAAUUUCCCCGCUGUAGGGUAGAUAAAGUUCUAAAUCAGCAUCAUAUAUUUUUACCCCACGAUCAAAAGAUACCCUUUGUGGGUCGUUUCUGUGUUAGGGUAAUGUCAAACGAAUUUACAAUGAUAUUUAUGUGUUUGGGGUUGUGUGUUUACAAUUAAACCAAUUUGUAUAAACAAUUCUAAAUGAA